AUGUCGAAUCAAAUUCAGAUGCCAUUUACCCCUUCGCUUAACCUUUCAGAGCUCACCGAAGAUCGGGCAAUCGCCGCUUUACAGCCAUCUUACUGCUUCCCAACCGAACGAGCCGCUGAGCUCACGAUCAAGGCGGUCCCUACGAAGCCAGUUGAAGGGCAGAAGACGGGAACUAGCGGGCUACGGAAAAAGGUUAAGGUUUUUCGAGAAGAGAAUUACCUUGCGAAUUGGAUCCAGGCAUUGUUUAACUCUUUGCCGCCGGAUGACUUCAAGAAUGGUGUGCUGGUUUUGGGGGGCGAUGGGCGAUACUUCAAUAAAGAGGCUGCGCAGGUCCUUCGAUCUUCCCUACCAAAUGUUUUUCAGUCUAUUUUUGCUUUUGUCCAGUAGUUUAUUUG